AUGGCAACCAACAACCCGUUCAGCACCCGCCAAGUCUGCAGCUACUUCUACAAGGCCGUCACGGAUUCUCAAGAUGAGCCGACGUCGUACUUUCGUUGCCAGUGCUCCGUCGUCAGAAAACAAGCACCCAAAACCGGCUACAGUAACCUGUUCGACCAUGUCCUGAAGCGCCACCCGGACUUCGUGGCGACAAUGAUGGCCAGCGGUACCAACACGGCUACCCUAGUCAGCUUCAUCGACCAGAAGUCGCAGACGGUCUUCUGCUGGCUGGAUUGGACCACGGCCUGCAACCUGCCUUUCACGUGGUGUGAGGAUCCCAUCGUGGCCAAGUACACGAACUUGGAGCACCUCUCGUCGGAGACGCUGCUUAAGUACGCCCAUUUGGUCGUGCGGCAGGUCGAAAUUGACAUCGGUUUGGCGCUCUCUGUCAUCUUCGGUAUCAUGUUCGACGGGUGGACUUUCCAGUCCGAGCACUAUCUCGCGGUGUAUGCGGUUUUCGAGCACGACGGUCGUGCAGACAAUGUGCUACUGGCGUUUGCACCUUUGAUCGACGACGACGUCACCGACCACUCCUCCGCGAGCCCCGUGGAGUUCCUCGAAGGAAUCCUCCCGUUCUUUGGUCGAGACAUCUCUGAUGUCGUCUACCUCGUCGGUGACAACUGUGCAGUGAACACCAAGCUCGCGGACCUGCUGGAUAUUCCGCUCGUUGGUUGUGCCUCUCAUCGCCUGAACCUCGCUGUGCAAGUGUUUAUGGCCGACUACGAGCCAUUGUUGGGCAAGAUCCAGGAGCGGAUGCGUAAAUUACGCAACCUGAAUCACUCCGCGAAACUUCGAAAAAAACACUUCGUUGCGGCCGAAAACAAACUCCGGGCUCUCGGCGACGACCUCCGCGAGUUCAAGUCCGCGUCCAAGAAGCUGCAGGGCGACGAAGGUGUCACGCUGCUGGACGUGCGUGAUAUUUUCGACGCUCUGAUUGAGCGCCACCCUCCCGUCGCGCAGUACCUAGCCGCAAAUGCGGCUAUUGUGAAGAGCCCUGCGUUCGAGAACGCGUGUGUCAAGGUGUUGCUCGGAAACGAGGCGGCGCUGACGUCAGAAGAGCAGAAGCUGCUAAGUCCAUUUGCUGUGCGUGCUGCAGGUCGCGCCAGCGAUGACGCCGGUGAAGACGACAACGACCGCGCUGGGUUUGCUGAUCGCGCACUGCGCGCCCGCAAGAAGCAGCAUGUAGCUGCGCAGGUGUACCGUGGGGUGCGCUUCAUCCCGCCGAUGUCUAAUGCGGUGGAGCAGCUCUUCAGCAAGGCACGCCACGUUUUGUCGCUGCACCGCCACCGCAUUCUCCCCAGUCGUCUCGAGAUACUGUUGUUUCUGAAGAUUAAUCGACGUUUUUGGGGAGCCGCUACGGUGUCGAAGGUUGUGAACGCUUAG